AAACACUUACUUGAAAAUUGGGAAAAAAAAUUAUCACUUCAAGACCACGAUGAUUGUAUUAGAGGACAAACCUCGCACAAGUAUCGUCCACCAACGAUAAACUGCGUCAAGUUGGCAACAAUGUAACACAGUGGAACUGUUCAAAGUUGUGUACACAGAGCAUUAAAUACGGAAAUAGACAGCUUAAAAGCUACAGUCGGAGUGGCGCCGUAAGACAAACCUGCCAAUUUGGUGACUGAAUAAAACAAUCAACGUUGGAACAGAAAGAACAGUCGGUUUGAUCAUCGCACAGAGUUGUUAUUAUAACCAAGAUAUUUUCAACAAAACCAUAGAGGUGAACUGAAGAAGGUAAUCAUUCGAUGACCCAUUAUACAGCGUUUUAUCAACAUUCAAGGCAGGCCACUUCAGAUUCCAAGUCAAUUGCAACAGGAUUGGAGCUAAAAAGCUAACAAGGCAGAACUGGUAAAUACUGGAAUUACUUAGACCUUCUUCACGCUCGAUAAAUUCGAUCAACUGAUUCGCGAAAACUUAAGCGAACAGACAAGGACCGUGGAGAGUCAAACGUAAAAAUUGGUAAAACAGCUUCAACUGGACGGUUUAAUUGAGCCUCGACGCAGAUUAUUGAAUCAUGCAGCAGGCAUAGAUCCUUCAUGUCGCUAAGACGAGAAAACACGGUUCCUCCGCGAACGUUGUAUGGAGCGGCUACGAUGCGUCAGCCACGAAACUUCACGCCACCACAACAGCGGCGGAGUACCCAAGGCCACGCACAAAGAAGAGGAAGCCUCGGACAUCUAUACUCCUCCGAUAAAAAGCCACUUACAACUCGGAGCAAUAGUUUCAGUUUUGCUAAUGACGAUUUUAGUCCGACCAAGCUGGACUUUCAAUCGCUCAAGAAACGGUCAAGUUUACUGGGUGGCAAGUUUAAGUCCGGGAAUAAAGACCCCGAGGGUGUUGCCUGUAGCGAGAAGCACUCCAUAGUUAUGCUGGGAGCAGGAGGAGUAGGAAAGACAGCUUUGGUAGUUCGCUUCGUGACUGGCCGAUUUUUAAAUGAAUAUGAUCCAACAUUAGAGAUGGUUUAUGAGAAAUCCUUGCCGGUUGGUGACAGCAAUGUAUCACUGGACAUUCUGGACACUGCUAGCAAUGCUCAAGCUUCUUACAUAAGAAAUGGCGAAGGAUUCAUAGUGGUAUACUCGAUCACUGAUCAUUACAGUUUUGAAGUGGCAAGACAGCUUGUCAAACUCAUCAAAGAGGUGAGAAAGCCUGACGGGGAGUGCCAGGUCCCUGUUAUAUUGGUUGGUAACAAGAAAGAUCUCCGCCGAGGAAGAAGUGUUAGCAAAGAAGAAGCCAGGGAGACUGCAAGCGAGUUCUCCUGUUCGCAUUACGAGACUUCUGCUCUAACCAAUAAGAACGUUCAAAUCGUUUUUUUCAAUAUGGUGUUCCAGGUUAGAUUCACCAAAAAGUCUCGGCAAAAGAGCCAGGGAUCAUCGGGUAAUAAUGGAUUUCUGAGCUCAGUGCGUCAAUUGUUUAACCAUAGGAGAGGUAGUUUGCAGGGAUGGUGAAGGAAUCUACGAAUUUGUUAUUGACUAGGAGAAGAGUGGCUCAAGCGAGACUAAUUGUAUUUAUGUCGACCUUCAUUGGGGAACAUAGUACGGCUAGUUCAGUAACAAACUUAUCACGGAACCAAUGGCAAAGUCUAAAUAGGUAGGACAAUCACACAAUCAAAAAAGUUUUAGAAUUAUGUCUUAAUAAGACUAACAGGCGGUUACAGAGAACUGUUUGUGACUUUCCCCACUGAGGUGCGUAGUCGACAAAACUUUUCUCGUGUAGCCAUGUAAGCUUUUGCUUACGUGAAAAACGGGUUUCCUUCGAAAGAGUGGAAAAUAUUCAUCGGUUACAAAAACGUGGGUAACAUUCACCAGCCAGAAAGUCUCCUUUGGGACUGAUAUUGUGACAUUUCGAAGAUCGGCUGUAAAGGAGAUCACAGGUUAUAUCGAUAGAUAUGAAAACAUGGCAUGACGUGCGUAAAUAAAAAGUGCGCGAAUUCUUUUCAUACGUCUGAUGAUGGGAUGAUUUUUCAUUGAGGGUGACUUUACUGAACAGUGUCGAAAUUGCUUUUUCAUGAUAAUGAAUAAAGGAAAUGGUUGAUUCCGGGAAUAAAAAUCACAUUAAAC